CAUUUAUCUUCCAGCUCAGAAAAUGAGAAGGAAAGCUCAAGAAAAUAGCAAGAAAAUCAGAAUCCAAAAACCCAGCAAAAAAUAAAAUAAAUAAAACAGAAUCAAGCAAGUGAGAGAAAAAGAAAUGUGAUGUCCCUGAACAAAUGAUCAACCAAAAUCAACUUUUUCUUUGUCUGGCCGCCUUCAAUCUCCAAAGGCUAUCAAAAGAAAAAGAAAAGAAAAAAACCCUUCUUUAAAACCAAAACACUGUUAAUUGUGAGCACACUUUGAUCGCUCACACCAGGAUCUCUUCUUAGAUGUUCCCCAUUUGAGAGCAGCACAGAAAAUCUGGAAUACCCAUUUGGGUAUUUCUUCAUUUACUUUCUAAACCUGACGGAUAAACUGAAUUUCCCCAAAAAAAGUAGUGAGAAAAGAGCAAGAAAAUGGCUUCAGGAAGCAGAGAAGUGCAUGCCCAUUCAACUCAUGAUCUCUUUUAGAUUUUCCCCAUUUUCAGCAUAGAAAACGUUAAAUACCUGUUAGGGUAUUUUUCAUUUACUUGCUAAACCCAACUAAUACACUGAAUUUUCCCGAGAAAGUAGUGAGAAAAGAUCACUUUCAACUCAUGAUAUCUUCUUAGAUUUCCCCAUUUGAGAGCAGCAAAGAAAAUCUUGAAUACCCAUUAGGGUAUUUUUCAUUUGCUUGCCAAACCCAACUUGUACGCUCAAUUUUCCAAAGAAAGUGGUGAAGAGAAGAGCAAGAAAAUGUCUUCAGGAAACAGAGAAGUGCAUGCUCAUCACCACCAAGGUCAAGCUCAAGCUCAAGCUCAGUCUUCAGGUACAAGCAAUGUUAGAGACUCUGUAAGCAAAGCCAUUGCUCAAUACACUGUCGAUGCUCGCCUUCACGCCGUGUUUGAACAGUCCGGUGUGUCUGGUAAGUCGUUUGAUUACUCACAAUCUGUUAGAACAACUACACAAUCUGUACCAGAACAACAAAUCACAGCUUAUUUGUCGAAAAUUCAGAGAGGUGGGCAUAUUCAGCCCUUUGGUUGUAUGAUUGCUGUUGAUGAAUCCACUUUCCAAGUCAUUGCUUACAGCGAAAAUGCCCAAGAAAUGCUGGGUCUCACCCCACAAUCGGUUCCGAGUCUUGAAAAACCGGAGAUACUCACAAUUGGGACCGAUGUGAGAACACUUUGUACCCCUUCAAGUGCAAUUUUGCUUGAAAAAGCAUUUGGGGCGCGUGAAAUCACGCUGUUGAACCCAAUUUGGAUUCAUUCUAAGAAUUCGGGGAAACCCUUUUACGCGAUUUUGCAUAGGAUUGAUGUUGGAAUUGUGAUUGAUUUGGAACCUGCUAGAACAGAGGACCCUGCCCUGUCUAUUGCUGGGGCUGUGCAGUCCCAGAAGCUCGCAGUGCGAGCGAUUUCGCAUUUGCAAUCGCUUCCCGGUGGGGAUAGUAAGCUGUUGUGUGAUACAGUGGUUGAGAGUGUGAGAGAGUUAACUGGUUAUGACAGGGUUAUGGUGUAUAAAUUUCAUGAGGAUGAGCAUGGUGAGGUUGUGGCUGAGAGUAAGAGGCCGGAUUUGGAACCUUAUUUUGGGUUACACUAUCCCGCCACUGACAUUCCUCAGGCAUCGAGAUUUUUGUUCAAACAAAACCGGGUUAGGAUGAUUGUGGAUUGCCAUGCCACAUCAGUUCGAGUAAUUCAAGACGAAGCGCUUAUGCAGCCUUUGUGUCUAGUUGGUUCAACGCUUAGGGCUCCUCACGGUUGCCAUGCCCAGUACAUGGCUAACAUGGGUUCAAAAGCCUCUUUAGCCAUGGCGGUUAUAAUUAAUGGAAAUGAUGAUGAAGCUGUUGGGGGACGAAGCUCGAUGAGGCUCUGGGGUCUGGUUGUUUGCCAUCACACUUCUGCUCGGUCUAUUCCCUUCCCUCUCCGUUACGCCUGUGAGUUUCUAAUGCAGGCCUUUGGACUCCAAUUGAACAUGGAAUUGCAAUUGGCUUCUCAGUUGUUAGAGAAACAUGUUUUAAGAACCCAAACCCUGUUGUGUGACAUGCUUCUUCGUGACUCGCCUACAGGGAUUGUUACUCAGAGCCCUAGUAUAAUGGACCUUGUGAAGUGUGACGGGGCUGCACUCUACUACCGAGGGAAGUACUAUCCGUUAGGCGUGACUCCCACUGAAGCCCAAAUAAAGGACAUCGUGGAGUGGUUGUUAGCCUUCCAUGGGGACUCAACUGGUUUGAGCACCGACAGUUUGGGUGAUGCUGGGUACCCUGGUGCAGCUUCGCUUGGUGAUGCAGUGUGCGGAAUGGCUGUUGCUUAUAUCACUUCGAUGGAUUUCUUGUUCUGGUUCCGGUCCCACACAGCAAAAGAGAUCAAGUGGGGUGGUGCAAAACAUCAGCCGGAGGAUAAAGAUGAUGGGCAGAGAAUGCAUCCACGUUCUUCCUUCAAGGCAUUUCUCGAAGUGGUUAAGAGCCGCAGUUUGCCUUGGGAGAAUGCGGAAAUGGAUGCAAUUCAUUCUUUGCAGCUAAUUCUGCGAGACUCGUUUAAGGAUGCUGAGGGAAGCAACUCUAAGGCUGUUGUGCAUGCCCCACUUGGGGAUUUGGAGUUGCAAGGGAUGGAUGAGCUCAGCUCCGUUGCACGAGAAAUGGUUAGAUUGAUAGAGACUGCAACUGCUCCCAUAUUUGCUGUGGACGUUGAUGGUCAGAUAAAUGGUUGGAAUGCUAAGGUCGCAGAGUUGACAGGAUUAUCGGUUGAGGAAGCUAUGGGAAAAUCUUUGGUUCAUGAUCUUGUUUAUAAGGAAUCGGAAGAAACUGUUGACAAGCUUUUAUAUAAUGCUUUGAGAGGUGACGAAGAUAAGAAUGUAGAAAUUAAAUUGAAGACAUUUGGCUCUGAACAACAUAAGAAGGCUGUUUUUGUGGUGGUAAAUGCUUGCUCUAGCAAGGAUCACACAAACAAAAUAGUUGGUGUAUGCUUUGUCGGUCAAGAUGUUACGGGUCAGAAAGUGGUAAUGGACAAGUUCAUUCACAUACAAGGUGAUUACAAGGCUAUUAUACAUAGUCCCAACCCUUUGAUCCCACCUAUAUUUGCUUCGGAUGAGAAUACAUGUUGCUCUGAGUGGAACACCGCCAUGGAAAAGCUUACCGGGUGGACCAGAGGGAACAUCAUUGGGAAGAUGUUGGUUGGAGAGAUUUUUGGCAGUUGCUGUCGGCUCAAGGGCCCAGAUGCUAAGACAAAAUUCAUGAUCGUGUUGCACAAUGCGAUCGGAGGGCAGGAAACAGACAAGUUCCCAUUUGCCUUUUUUGACCGGAAUGGAAAAUAUGUGCAAGCUCUCUUAACGGCAAACAAAAGGGUUAAUAUGAAUGGCCAGAUUAUUGGAGCCUUUUGUUUCCUCCAAAUUCCAAGUCCUGAAUUGCAGCAAGCUCUGAAAGUCCAGAGACAACAGGAAAAGAAAUGCUUUGUGAGGAUGAAAGAGUUGGCUUACAUUUGCCAGGAAAUAAAGAAUCCGUUAAGUGGUAUACGCUUUACUAAUUUGCUUUUGGAGGCUACAGACUUGAACGAUAAUCAGAAGCAGUUUCUUGAGACAAGUGCUGCUUGUGAGAAGCAGAUGUUGAAGAUUAUAAGGGAUGUUGAUCUGGAGAUCAUUGACGGCGGUUCGUUGGAGCUUGAGAAGGCUGAAUUCUUAGUUGGGAGUGUGAUAGACGCUGUUGUUAGCCAAGUAAUGAUAUUACAUUCAAGAGGUCUACAAUUGAUCCGCGAUAUUCCAGAGGAAAUCAAAACCUUGACUGUUUAUGGUGAUCAACUGAGAAUUCAACAGGUCUUAGCUGAUUGCUUAUUGAAUAUGGUGCGUUAUGCACCUUCUCCAGAAGGUUGGGUAGAGAUUCAUGUUCGACCAAGACUAAAGCAAAUUUCUGAUGAUAUAACUAUUCUACAUAUUGAAUUCAGGAUUGUCUGCCCCGGUGAAGGUCUUCCACCUGAACUCGUUCAAGACAUGUUUCAUAGUAGUCGAUGGAUGACUCAAGAAGGCCUAGGGCUAAGCAUGUGCAGAAAGAUUUUAAAGCUCAUGAACAGUGAAGUCCAAUACAUUAGAGAGUCGGAAAGAUGCUAUUUUCUAAUAAUCCUCGAACUUCCCAUGCCUAAGCAAGACUCCAAGAGCGUUGACUAGCUUAUUGCCGCCAUUAAAAUCUCACCUGAGUUGGAACCUUUCAACAGGAGAAGACAUCAUAAUUACCCUUAUCUUCACAGAUUGUUUUCAUGAAAGCAAAUGUCAAGGUCCACUUAAGCUAAAGCCGCCCAAAUCUACUAAUGGGUGUUCAGUAAUACUAAUUAUCUUUCAUUUCUCGCCAUUUUGGACUGUCAUUUGAGCCUGCCUAAUUCCAAAACCUGUUCAAGAUUCCAUGAUACUAUGACACAAAGUAACGGUUAUUUUUCUACUCUGAACACAAUGUUGGGUUGUACUAGAUCAGCCAGAUUGUUCAUAUGUACUCGCACGAGCAUUAAAUUGAGGACCGAGAGCUUGUUAGUUGGGAUGAUUAUGAGCUGCGAUGGCUUGAAGACGGUUGACAGGGUCUGCAAAUGCGAUUAGGUGGCAUCAUUCUAACCUGUAAGCAUGUCUACUACUUCGACUUUGUAGUUUUUGUAAAAAUUUAUUGUCUAGUUUCAUAGACAAUUGUAUAAUAAAAUAACUACUGCUUUAGGGAUGCUUCCCUCAAAAGCUCAUUUUUACCAAAAAAAACACAAAAAUAACUGUGUAACAAAGUUGUCUUGCUCUAGUUGUUGAAACUUGUGGAAUAUGAUAAUUCUGACAAUCUGAUUUGUAUAAUCUUUUGUUUGUUCUC